AAUAUUCCAUUUUCCGAAAAAACAAAACAAAGCGAAAACAAAUCGAAGCCGAGGAAGAAGGCUCGCGAAGGAGGAGGAGGGCGAUGGGGAAGGGCAAGGUGCACCCGUCGCCGUCGCUGCCGUCGGCGGCUGCGGCGGCGGGAGGGGAGGUGACGGCGGAGGCGGUGCUGGUGCGUCUGCUCCCCGCGGCGGUGCUCGCGGCCGCGGCGCCGCUCGGGGCCGAGGGGAAGGAGGUGCUGGCCUACCUGGUGCUCGCCUCGCUGCGGUCCUCGGCGCCGCCGGCCGUGGCGAGGGCCGGGGAGGAGGCGAGGGCGGGGGGCCACCGCCCGGAGCUCGGCUGCGGGUGCUUCGGGUGCUACACGGCCUACUGGUCCCGCUGGGACGGGUCACCGGAGGCCGACCGCGAGGCCAUCCACCGCGCCAUCGAGGCCUUCGAGGAGCACCUGGCCAAGGAGGAGAGGGAGGGCGGCGGCAAGGGCGGGGGCCGCCGCGGCCGCAAGAAGCGCGCCGCAGCAGCCAAGGACGCCGCCAAGGACAAGGCCGGCAAGGGGAAGGGCAAGGAGGUCGCCGCCGUCGACCCCCUCCCCCUCCCGCCGCCGCCGCCGCCGGCGGCGGCGGCGGCUUCUCCUGCUCCAGAAGAGGCCCCGAAGGCGGAAGACGGCGCCGAGUACCUCACGGCGGAGGAGGAGAAGGAGCCGGAGGACGCCGCGGCCGGCGAGGAGGACAGGCGGCGGCGCGGGUGGGGCGGCGUGCUCAACUGGAGGUCCUGGGGCCUGUGGGGGUCCCACUAGUCAGCGAGCCCCGGUUGGUUGGUGCCCCCUUCCUCCUCUCUGCUGCUCAUCAGUCUAGGUUGGUUCGUGCCGUAGUUCUUGGGGGUUUUGGUGCCCCCCAUUUUUCUUUUCCUUCUGGUAUUGGGUGGGGGGGUUUAGCAAGCAGCUGAUGAAAUCAGGUUGAUUAGGGAAUGUUCAAUACUACUAGUAGUACGUGCUUAGCAUGUCAAAUUAGCAUUUUGACACUCUCAUACGCCCAGCAGUACUGUCAUAAUAAUGAGGAUGUGUUCAUCAGCUUGGUGUGGUGGAUCUUGUGUGUUAAUUAGCAGCAGUUUGUUGUUGGUGUACGUACAUAUGUAUGCAGGUAACAGGUUUGUUUCUUUGUUGGUUGGAAUUGAUAGCGUGUGGUUGAUGUAACCAUCACUGUAAAUGAAUGGUAGCAGUCAGCACUUCCUACAGUAUUUAUGUGCUGUGCAAA